CAAUAUUUUUCAUCCCUCAAUACACAAUUCUCUUUCUCUCUUCUCUCUUCUCUCUUCCCUCUUCUCUCUCUUUCUCAUAUUGUUCUUCCUCUUCCUUCUUCUUUUCUUUCUAUUGCCUAAUUUCGAGCUUUUCUACUAGCAAUCCCAUGGAGUCCAAAAGGUUUUCCAACGACAAACGCCAUCACCAUCAACCAUCUCCACAAUUCAAUCCUUGUGGGUGAGUUAUGCUUCACCUCAAUGCUAUUAAGUGUCUCCCACCUAAGAGUGUGCAGUGUUUGUACAAGUAAAAGUGAGAUAAUUACUUGGUUGGAGGGGAUUAAAGAUUCAUUAAUAAAGGUUGAAAAUACUAUAAACAGAGUACUCCUACCCUGUCUGGCCUUGCAAAAAUCUGUCCUGCCUUCCAAUCUAAGUCCAUUGCCUCAUCAGGCUGAGUCAUCUGCCUCGAGGAGCUUCCAUUUGAGCUUCAAGGGAGAAUUACCAGAGACGCUAUAUACCAACGAGAAAAUAGAAGACCUGGGUGCUUCAAUCACAAUCGAGCUGUGCGAUGAUUCUGGGAAUAAAGUAGAAUCUGACCCUAGUUCUCCUUUGAAAGUUAAGAUUGAAGUUCUUCAGGGGGACUUUGUGGUUGAGGACUGUAAAAAUGAUUUAACAGUAGAAAUUUACCAAAAGAAUGUUGUUAGCCCGAGGAAAGAUAAAGGGCCUCUAUUGAAGGGAAACUGUGAGGUUUUGCUGAGUGGAGGGUCGGCUAGCCUUUCUGGUAUUUUAUUCACUGAUAACUCAGCAUCAAUGAGAAAUGGAACGUUCAGGCUUGGGGCCAAAGUCAUAAAUAGCGGAAUUGUUGUAAAGCCAGCAGUCAGUAAAUCAUUCAUGGUAAAAGAAGGCCGCCUAAGAGCUGAUCAAAAAAAAGAAAUUCCGUCUCUGGAAGAUGAAUUAUGGCGUCUGAAAAAUAUAGGCAAAACUGGGCCGAUUUAUAAGAGAGCACUUGAAAAGAACGUGCAUACAGUGGAGGAUUUCCUACAACUAUAUCAUACAGAUGCAGAGAAAAUGAAAACUAUUCUAGGUGUUACUGGAAAAAAUUGGGAUGCAAUAGUAAAAAACGCUGAAGCAUGCAAGUUACCAAACAAGCGUUUGAGAUACUAUGAUCCUGCAUCAGGGAAUAGCCUUUCACUAGAUUGUGGUUUCAACAUUAUAAGUGUUUUGUUAAACGGUCAAAUGAGCCAGCCAUUUGAAUCCCUUGAUGACCACCUGAAGGAAGAAGCAUAUAAACUAAGGCGUACUGCAUACGAAAAACGGAAUGAGCUUACAUUAGAUGAUUUCACUAGCAAUCAGAGAACAGUUCCUAAAGAACCUGGAAACACAUUUAGUGUUCAACUACAAGAAAAAGAGCAACAGAAAUCAGGACCAAUACCGACAUUAUCCACUAGUACCGAUCCCAAUAACAACUUCUUAUUUGGACUAGAGUGGAAAGAGAUCAUGGAUCUAACAAUUCCUGAUGAGCAACAGCAACCAGGACAAACGCUGACAUCAUCCACUAGUUCCUAUUCCAAUAGCGCCGACCUUGCUGCACUAAUGGAUACCGUGAAUCUAGGUCUUUAUGAAUAUUUUGGAGGCAGCCAAAGACGGUGCUUAGAGGAUACAGAAUGGAAUACUACCAGUCCAGAGUACAUUCAGACAGCACAGAUGGAGGAACGGAGGAAUGUUGAAGGUUCAGUCCAUGACCAUGCUACCAGUAAGCUAUUAGCUGCAUGUUAUGUGACCAGAGCUGCUACACUGUUCAUGAUUACAGUUCAGGAAGAUCUUAGUGCCCCAAAAAAGAAGCGCAAGCUUCAAUGACUCUCCAGAUCUUAUGUUUUAGAUUUGAGAAACUCAAUUAAUUGUGGCUAGUUUUGGAAGUACAAGUUUUGCUUUAUCUUUUUGAUGCUUAAGAUCUUGUGUAUAUUGCAACAUGUAAGAUAAAUAAGUAACCAUACAGACUUUUAGUAUUUUCUAAUUUUUUUGUAUCAUCAUAAUUUGGUUAGCUUUAA